AUGUCCGUCGUCGCACCUGCGCCGUUGCCCAGCGGCAGCCGGGACAUCGCGGCUGAUGCGAGCCCAGAACAGAGCCCGUCCAGCUUCACCGCGGUUAACGGUAGAGACCGCUCGGCCUCGCUCAUGAACGGACAGCCAGACCUGCGUCCCUCGCCGGCUCGCGAUGACGCCGCCAGCACCAGCAACAACGCCAACAACAAUAAUAAUACUACUACUAAUAAUACCGCCAGCAACGGCGCCAACAUGCCUCACGACAAGCCAGCAAGCGCGGACGGGUCUCGUGACACGCCGGUUGACCAGGCGGAGGUUGCCUCAGCUCCAGACACCGCAAACACAAACCCGAACACAAAUACCGCCAGCAGCAGCGGUAACAACAACUCUGCCUCCUCAAACAAGCGCAAGCGAUCCAGUAUAGACAGUCACCACGUCGAACUCGCGCCCCGAAGUCCGGCUCAGCUGCCUGCAGACCACCCUCACCCACCAACCGCCACAAAUGGCAAUUCGGAACACCACCACCAGCAGCACCAGCAACAACAACACCAACACCAACAGCAGCACCAACAGCCAUAUACCAGCGUCGAGCGUCCCGACGAGGCAAAGUCGAAUUCUAGUAAUGUCGGCUGGGACUAUGACUCGCAGUCACAGAUGAUGAACAACUCGCAGAGACACUCCAAGCAGCAGCACAUGGACGCAUCCGAUGCCCAGCUCGCCGAAGCCCUGCAGCGCGAGGUCCAGAGCGAGACCCCGUCGGAAAAUGCAUCCACCAUGGACAUGCAAGGUGGCAAUUCGUCCAGCCAUAUGCAGAGCCAGUCUCCCAAUUCGUCUCAGGUCGCGCCAAAGCGAAAGAGGGUCUUCAGCAACAGGACCAAGACGGGAUGCAUGACCUGCAGGCGAAGGAAGAAGAAAUGCGACGAACAGCACCCAUCAUGCAACAAUUGUAUCCGCGGUGGCUUCCCUUGCGAAGGCUAUUCCGUCCGCAGCACCUGGCAGAAACCAUCCCAGAACAAAGGGCCCAUUCCACUACAGUCCAAGGAUCGAUACCCCGAACCUCCAAACCUUUAUAUGCAGGACAUGAGUCCCCAGCGCCAUGACUCGAGAAUGGGCGGCCCAAUGUUACCCGACGGAAGCAAGACACGACCGGUCUCGGUCGACGACAACGAAAGAGCCCAGGCCGCUUACAUGACCAGCCCCAGCGGUACCGUCGCCCGUGUAGCAUGGCAGAAGGGUUCAUGGCAGGCCGCCAAUCACCACAUGAUGCAAGACUCUGCUCCCAAGCUUGAAUACCGAGAUGCACCGGUGAUCGCCGACAUAUCGCGUCCCGAGCCUCCAAAAUCAGACUACCACCACUCCCACAGCAAUAACAACAACAACGCCAACAACAGUACCAAUAACAACAACGGUAACAACACGAACAAUACGAACAAUAACGCGCACCAAAAACCCGGCAUUCCGGUCUUCCAAUCGAACAUGGAACCUCGCCCGAACCAUGCUCCUCCUCCCCGUGUCGACACAAGCAGCUACCCGACUCAGGCCCGUCUCGCUCUAAGCAGCAUGGAACCCCAUGUGCCCUUCGAAGGCGGCAACGAGAAGUCUGAAAAGGAAAAGAUGCUUAGCGGCGAACAAUACCGUCCUUUCGACCCAGAACUUGUCCGUGACCGGGAACAGUGCAAGGCCGCACUCUGGCGCUUCACCAAUGCCGGCAAUCCUCUCUACGGCAUCAGCUCCGCCGAAAAAACUCGUCUCCUGACCCAGAUUCUCCAGCCAUCCGCCAUCGAACCGCCACCAGACGCUCCUCCACCAUCAACCAGCACUCCGACCGGAUCCCUCGGACCAGGCGCCAUCCUCGAGUCUCCCUUCAACUGCCACUACGGCUACAAUAUCAACAUUGGCGAAGACGUCCUCAUUUCCGAAAACUGCUUCUUCGCGGACGACUGCUCCAUCAACAUCGGCGCCCACACGUGGAUCGGUCCAAACGUCACCAUCCUCAGCUCCAUGGCCAUCGGAAGUAUGCAGGAACGCAAGGGCUCCCAAAGCAGGUAUCAGGGUCGACCCGUCGUCAUCGCUGAAGACUGUUGGAUCGGCGCCGGAUGCACCAUCCUGCCAGGUGUCACGCUCGGACGUGGCGCAUACAUCGCCCCUGGCGAAGUGGUCCGUUCGCAAAUCCUGCCGUAUGGCUUCCAGGGCUUGAAGCCAAACUACCCUUGA